CACCGCGCGCUCAACAACGCAACGAAACGCGCUUCCCCCACCGCCGCCAACCUCCCGCACACUCUCGACGCGGACGCUAUUUCGAAACCGAAAUCAAAAUCCAAACAGUAGUGGUAAGGUGGCAGUCGUCGAGGCAAGUCACAGUUACUUCUACGUUCCACACAGCGCGAGAAUAACAUAUCUGUCUCUGUAUCAAGGAAAUUCACGCGCGUGUGGUUUCGCUUCAAAUUCAUACAAAAGUUUAUUUCUUAUUCGCGUUUAGUGCAAACUCUGAUGUAGUGCAAUCUCAAACACAGUGGAUUAAUAUCACAAAUCAGCGCGAGUCGUCGCUCUGAAGGAUACAUCAAGGAUAUAUAUACGCACAUCGCAGUUUUAUCAUCAACACACGCUGGCUUGCGGAAUACUCAAAGGUGGCAAAAUGAAGCUGGUACCAGGUCCUUUGCCUCCUAUACCAACCAGUGGUCCGGCGAUGGAUCGUCUCCCGCUACCGCUGCCAUUCAGUCCAGAUUUACUCUGGAGAUAUCCGCUUGGUUUCCCAGCGUUGACACCACACACACCUUCAUCUCCCCUGAUGGAGUACAAGAGUCAAUUGCCUAAUUCUCUACCGCCAGACCCACGUAUCUGGUCCAGGGAAGAUGUCAAUACAUUUUUGAGAUGGGCUGAAAGGGAAUUCGACUUACAACCUUUUGAUAUGGAUGUUUUUCAAAUGAAUGGCAAAGCAAUGUGUUUGCUCACACGAACAGAUUUAUCUGAACGUGCGCCUGGGUCCGGCGAUGUCCUCCACAAUGUCCUGCAGUUGUUAGUGCGUGAAGCCAAUAAUCUCCAGCGCUGUCUGCCAUCCAGUCCAGUGACACCUACAUCCCGGCAUCCUUACCCUCUUAGCCCACAUACCUCACAUCCUCCGACACCCAACUGGAAUAUCCUCUCACAGGCGCAAGAUUUCCAUCCACACGCCGCGCAGUUAGCAGCGCACCUGAUGGCUCAACAGAAUUCGGUUACUUUGAGUCCCGCGCCUUCUGUGGAGAGCCAAGCCGGUGGUAGUCCGCAACAUGCUGAGAAUAACACCACGACGCAGCAUAUUUUCAACCAUUCCAUCUUCGGCAGCAGCAGCAGCGGUGGCAGUAAUGGCAGCAAUCAAUCGGACUCCGAUGAGGAGUUCGCUGACAAACACGGGCAUAAUAUGAGCCCGCCGAAUACGCCUAGCUUUGCAAUGGUGCAUCCACCAACACAUCAGUUCCCACCGCGCAGCCCCAAGGAAACUGCACCCAGCCCAUCAUUCAAAAGGGAGUUUUUCCCUAGUGAUACACCCGAACCCAAUACAAAUGGAAGAUUAUUGUGGGAUUUCCUACAGCAGUUGCUAAACGAUCCCAAUCAACGCUACACAAAUUACAUCGCGUGGAAGAACCGCGAUACUGGCGUUUUCAAAAUCGUUGAUCCAGCUGGUUUGGCCAAGUUGUGGGGCAUCCAGAAGAAUCAUCUUUCAAUGAACUACGACAAAAUGUCACGCGCACUUCGCUACUACUACAGGGUGAACAUCUUGAGGAAAGUGCAGGGCGAACGCCAUUGCUACCAGUUCUUGCGUAAUCCGACUGAACUGAAAAACAUCAAGAAUAUCUCCUUACUGCGCCAGCAAAUGUCGCCGACGCAACGCACAGCUCCCGCUGCUUUGCCUUCAGUGGCCUCCACAACAACAGUUACACCUGUUGUGACCGCCACCCCCGCGCACGUCAAAGCCGAGCCUGUCGACGUCGAGAUCAACGUCCACAGCAACGAUUAUGAUGAUAAACCGACCGAUUUGAGCAUGGAUCGUGCGCCCACCGACCUCAGCAGUAGCAGUCGGCAUGUGAACAUUGUCUGCUCCCCGGACCCACCGAAUCUCAGAGAGAGCAUGUACUACAAGAAGGAGGACAUGGCGACUGACCAUUGAUGCGUGUAUCUCUCGCGCGUUGCGGUUGUGUGUAUGUGCGUGCAUGUUAGUGACUGUUAUUUUGGUGCCAAUAUUUUAACAUUCUGUGCAAAUUUUAUUUAGUGAUACCGAAAUACUAAUUAGUUAAGUAAGAGACGAAUGUAUAUUGAAAUCCACCCCCGCCCCCAUCUCAACUGGGGCAUGUGCCAAAAGACGUUGACGCAUUCUGCGAGCGUUGAUUUGAAUUGUAUUAUUAAGUUUUCAUCAAAGAAAAACCGAUUUUUUUUUUGGACACUAGCAAACUUUGUAGUUCUCACACUACUUAUGGGCAGCUUUAAUUUGUUUAAUUAAUAAAUUAAUUAUUAUAAUGUUAUUACGGUGCGCGGAGACGCGCACGAAAGCAAAUUGAAACGAGCGACAAUAAUUAUUGCGAAUAAACAAUAAAAAACGAAGAGAUAGACUGGAAUUUUUCAAAGAUGAUCAAAAUUGGGUCCAUGCCAAACAGAUAUUCAAAAAUGUGCGACAUUCCAAUGCAACCAAUCAAAAAUUAUCAACGGAAACAAUACGAGAGAAUAUUUUUAGAUGAAAUUUACGAUGGGCAACUAUAUAUUUCCAGCUCUGUUUCUGUGAUCUCUGAAUAAAAUAAAUUGUAAUUUAUAUUUGACUCAAUUUUUUGUGUGAUGAUUAUAUAAAAAGAUACGAAGAAUAUAUUGUAUAGAAAUGAAUGAAUUGUACAUAGCAUGUUUCAUAUUUUUAGUAAGCAAACGAAUAGGAAUAUCAUUGGUAGACAAUAUGGCGAAUGGACGUGAUGAUAUUUUGUGCGAUUUAUUGGAUGCCUUAUAUGCGCUUUACUUAAAACUGGAAGUAACUUUAUUAUUUCUAAUUGCAAUCAUUUUGUUGAUAUUUUGUAUUCUGAGUAAUAAAGAGUAAUUGACGCAUUUGUCUUGAAAGAAACAA